UAAAUGAGGCUUAGGAUGCUGGUGAUGCUGAAGAAGAACCAGGAAGAAUAGAGUUCAUACCGUGAUCUCGCUCAUCAGAAACCGCUUCAGCUAUGAGUGAUCCGCGCUUUCCGGUCGACGUCCGACUCAUCGGAGUAAUGAAGAAAGACAAGGACAAAAAGUUCAUGACAUCAGUGCUGUGGUCAGACCAGACUGAGUUGAUAGUGUACAGAUCUUUCCGGGACUUCAAAACGCUCCAUAGGCAACUGAAAAAGAAGUUUCCUGUGGAGAAUCACUUUCGUAAAGAAGAUAGAGUGCUUCCCAGAUUUGGAGCCCAGUUCAUGGUGACUUCAUUUCAGAUGAAAGGUUUGGAUAAGUCAGUGUCUCGUCUAAGGUAUCUGGAGAAGUACUGUUCCAACCUGUUGCAGUGCGACACAACUGUGUCACAUUCCACAGACGUUAUUCAGUUCUUCUUGCCAACCGAACAGGAGCUCCGACCGGAAUAUACCCAGAACAGUGUGAUGAUUCUGCAAUCAGACAACAUAAACAAUGUCAGCGGAGGACCUGAAUUGGUGAAUAAAAAUCUAAACAAUGGCAAUGUGUCCCAGCCAUUUGUAUCCAAGACGUAUCGGUGUGUGGCUCCAUAUGAGACAAAAGAUACAAAGAACAGGCCAUUUAAAGUAGCUGUGAAUGAAAGACUGGAUGUGCUGAUUAAAGACAAAGCAGGUUGGUGGCUUGUUGAGAAUGAAGAUAAACGUCUAGCUUGGUUUCCUGCUCCCUACUUGGAGUUAUGUGAUGAGGAAGGGGAAGAGGAGGAUGUUGAAGAUGACUUUUAUUCCCCAACCUAUCAAAGUUCUCUGUACUGCGCUACAAGAAGCUACACCUCAAAAAAAGAGGACGAGAUCUCUCUGAGCAUCGGUGCUGUUGUGGAGGUGUUACAGAGGUCUGAUAAUGGCUGGUGGCUUGUUAGAUAUAACAGAAAGGCCGGGUAUGUGCCCUCCAUGUACCUGAAGCUCUACAGCAGCCCCAGCUUUGGCCUUCAGACACUCCAGAGGAAACUUCACAGCUCCACUAUCAACCUGUCUGCCAGCAACUCUUUCAAACUGGAGCCUCAGGUCCGUUCACGAAACAGAAGGAAUAGUUUUCUUAAAUCAAACUCUGUGGAAAUGCUGUCUGAGCCGGGACAGCAUGAGGAAGCUGGCAGCUUCAGCGAUGACGGAAACGAUUUCAGCUUCAGUUCCUCUGACACCACCUCCAUGAGCCCAAGCAUGUCCAGCUCAGAGGGGGAAGAGGGCCUGAGACAGCAGGAUAAAGAGCCAGAAAGCAACGAUAGUGGUAUGUCCAGCGGUCAGUCCAGCCCCUCCAGCUCAGACACUGAUCACCCAAUGAAAGGAGUCGGAGCUCCCAGGGUGCCACCAAGACCUCAGACUCAGGAGAUCCUACGUCGCUGCACGACCUACACCCGAAAUGUUGCUCUGGCGACCUCUGCACGCCUGGCCCCUGAAAGAGAAAUCAUGGUACAUGGAGGGAGAGCAUGAAAGAAGUGCAUAUGACAAUAAGAGACUCUUUCCUUUUCUGCCUUCUUUUUGAUCAUCUUUGAGCAUGAUACUACAAUAUUAAUCUUUGUAAUCUCUUUGUAAUGGGGAAAUAUUAAUAGUAUAAAUAUUCAAUUAAUCAAAUAUAUUAUACAUAACCUGUUAAGGGUAGUUACAGUGUACAUAUUUAAAGGGUUGUUUUUCAUUAAUGUUGUAUUCAGAACUGUUAUCUGUAGUCCUGAGCUUCCAUUCA